GAUGUGCUCAGUGCGGUCGUCGAGCCCACCAAGGAUGACGACCACUUUGGCCUCUUUCUCGGCUUCAUCCCCAACAUUGAAUGGUUGGUACUUCGCGAGGGUAACCCCGACGCAACUUGGCCUGAACUGGUCGAAAAGUGGUACGGGAAAUUCGAUGUGAAGUUUGAUCCGCGCCGUGGAGAUACCCCAUCCAGAAUCAUUGGAGAUCUCAACCUCGCGGGGUGGGCGACCGUGAUGGCCGACCUCAUCCGAGAUAUGGCGGUGUUGGCAUGUGGCACCUACAAGGCCCCUCACGCUUUGGACAUCACUAAGCGGUAUGACAUCUGCAACCGCAUAACAACGUUCGAGGCCCCGCUCUCGCAGGCCGUCCAAAUCGAUCCGAGGAUCUCAUCCACGCAUGUCCGAAUGCUCUGGGGUAAAGGGCUGCACGAGAUUGCCAACGUCAUCGGCGAGCUGCUCACCGAACGCCCGGAGGUAAAGUACCCCGACGGCCUUGACAUCAUGGGCCGGGAACGAUGUCUACGGGUUCAGCGGUCGCUGGACAGGAUUAUCGCCGCUGCUCGGCACGAUUGCGUGAACUCCAUCACCUUCGUCGGCGGCCCCGAGAACUCCUUGAUGUUUAUGCUCCCGAAGGCCUAUGACGAGGCGAUGUCCGAGCACUUCACCACGAUCGCCGCCGCCGGGCUCAACGUCAUCGACCCGAUGCCUCUUUUGGCAGAAGUCGACAAAUUCGACGAUUACCAUAUGGCAUACACGGAGCAAAACCUCAACGUAUGCUCAAAUUGGUACCGAGCUAUUUGCAGCGGCAUCCUAACGGAUCGCCUUAUCAAGGUCAGGAAAUGCGAGUUUGCGGAGAAUUCUCGAGCCAGGAUCUUCCAGAAGCAUUUCCGGGGGGCGACAGCCCAGCCCAACAUUCCGCUGCCACCCAUCUCUGGACUCAUCAGACCUGAUUGGGGUGAGCAGCUGAGGCUGGAAAGAGGAGAAGACGAAGAGAUCGUGCUCAAUGAACCAUUGCUCGCCAACCCAUCAGAAGGUCAAGAAGAUCCAAUGCCGUUACUCCCGAAUAUCAUGGAAGAGGUGACCGAGGUCGACCACGCCAUGUUUGCUCCCGCAGCAGCAGUUCUGGGAAAGGAAGAAGAAGAACUCCAGGCCACCAUUGGAGUUUCUCUCGUCCAAGAGCUUGAUCAGGAAAUCCCAGAUGCGGACGCCGAAAGGAUCGAGAACGAAGGUGAAGUCCAGAAGUUUGUCGUUCCCGAUCAAACGGCGGGCGAAAGCCCUGCUGAGGAGCUCAUUGCCACGAGCGUGGUCCGCCAACCACCGUUCUUCAACAUUCCGCAGUCCUCCGAUGAUGGUGAGGCUGAAGAGGAGGAAGAGCAGAUCAUUUUCCAGACCGCUGCACCCAAGACAAAAGCUAUGCCGAAGGCUGCGACAACCACUACAUCAGACACAGCGGCUCCAGUCGUCGACCUUACUUUGCCGAUAGCAAGUAGGUCACGCGAGCCAGCUGAUGAGCCUGCAACGACAAGCGAAAGCUUGGGCCGAUCGCAGUAUGCAUUCACCACUGCGCAUGAGGCUCCUACGGAAGGUUACCACUGGAUCAUGGGUCAUGAACUUCCACCUAUUGAUUGCGACUUCCGUCGACUCAAUGCCUCAAAGAUGGAGACGCUCAAUCGCAAGAUGACCUACCUUCUUCGUGGAUGGUCUAUGCGGACUGCAUCCGGCCCACAUCCCGACUUUGACACGGCAGACUUGAGUGUCUCUUGGACCAGUUUCCUCGCCAACCUUGAGAAGAUCUGGAACAGGCUCAGAACCACCGAUGUGAUCGACACCUUGGCAUCAAUGCAGAAAACAAGAUUCCAGGUGUUUGUCGCGUUGAAGCACGGCAAGUACUUCAUCACGAGAAUCCGAGCCAUCCAAGGGCAUUCUUCCGACAUCCUAACGGAUGAUCAGGACUGGGUCGCCAUUCACAGCGACAUCUACCACCUUUCAUCCAAUUGGGAUCCAUCGCCUAUGACCCGUCCUCCGGUGGGGUACGAUGGCCACCUCUCAGCUGCCUUCGCAGAUUUCCCCAAGAUCGCCUACCAUGCAACCAAGAGGAAGAACAUUGCCAGCGUGAUCUUGAACGGGCUAUUUCCUGGAGGCCUCACGAUGGACGGAAGUCCUGUCAAGCCUUACGUCAUGUUCUCUGCUGAGCCCAACUGGAUCAG